AUUUAAAUUUUGAAUUGGACAGCAACACUGUAUUCAUUGUCAUACGAUACAGAACAGUGGCCAACCUCAGAGGCAUCUAAAUGAAGUGGUGUGGGUGCUGGAUCCCUUUUGAACUAUAGCACUGCAAUGUUUACAUUGCAGCUCUUAGUCUGCCCAUAGUGGCUGUCUACCAGACUCGAAACAGACCUUUGCAUGAGGACUCCAGCAUCAGAUUUUUCCCCAUAGUAAAGCAUUGAUUAAUGCUUUCCUAUGGGGAAAUCUGAAUGCGAGAGCGGUCAUUGCUGAGGAGGAGGAGGAGUAUGGGCAGAGCCUGACCCAGCGCCGAGGGACAUUGUCACUGGAAUCGGGUAAAUUACUGAAGGUGUUUUAACCUCUUCAGCGCAACGGGAGGGGGCACAUUAGGAACCUAUAUUGCCAGGAAAACGGCUUUGUUUUCCUGGCACUAUAGAAUCCCUUUAACUGGUUAUUCAUUAACCAAUGACUCUCAGUGACCCACCAAACAGACACAAACGCUUUUCCCAUGCUGACGUGCAUACACUGUGUACCGAGAGUGCUACUAGCCUCCGACACACAAGUGCAAAUAUCUCUAGAGAAAUACAGACUCCCACCAUGACCCCUUCUAAAAAGCAGAACCCUUUAACUUUUAUUUCACAUGAUGCUGUUUUUGUAUAAAGUAUGUAGAUUUACUAGUGCUAUCACAAUCCAAUUGACUCCUGGUACAAUCAGGCAAUGCAGUGCAAAUAAGGAAAACCAACAGUUUCAGUUUCUCCUCUUUCUCCAUGUUAGAUGGCAAAAAAGAGAAACGUAUAUUAAAGAUGACUGACAAGUAUAGUAUUAAAUUCUGUUUGCAACAUGGGGACCUACUAAAAGGAAUGACAGACAUGUACAGUGGUCAAUAAUGAAAUAAAUAACGUGCAAAUUACGACCACCAGUGACUUUGGACCAUAUGUAUCAGAGCUAAAGCAUGUGCUAUACUUCUGCAAAGUGCUGAAGAAAGAGCAAUCUCCAUGGAAACCAACAGAAUGUUUCUAAACAUCUAGCACCAGAACAGUAACUAUUGUGCCUUGAUAAUCAGGAUCCCCUUGAGUCACCUCCACCUCCAUCUCUCCUAAGCACCUGUUACUCUGUUACUUGCAACUUUGCUCAAUUUUUAUUAUAGAAUGUGCCUGGUGCAAAGUACAGCUCAGACUAGCAAGACCUAAAAAGCCAAAUCAUUACCCUCCAACACUUGAGCAGAUUUCCUAUACUGAGCCCAGUCUCACCCCCCACCCCUAGCCCGAACUAACAAAUGCCUGUCCUGUAAGUGGAUUAUAGUAAUUCAUUUUAUAAUUCUAUUUACAUUCUGACAGCCACACCCCCCAGCACACCACCUCACCCACCCCAUUCCCUUACAGCCCUCACAUGACAUGAUCAUACAUUAAGCGAUACCACGUCUUACAAAUUGCCCCUGUGCUCCCCCUCCCGACAAAGUUAUUGCUCCCACCCCACCCCACCCCACCCCACUCACUCACUGACUGACUGACUCCGGUUGUGUUGUGUAUAUUGCAGUUCUCCUCCAGGAAGUGUGAGGGUGAGUGACCCUGACUCCGGAAGUAUGGCUGCUGUCAGAUGUUCGGUGGUUCCGGGGAUCCUGCUUAGUAAACUGGACUGGUUAUCAUGGUCCCGCCUGCAGCCAGUAACAGGACCGGGGGAACGUGCGUAGUGUCAGGGGGUUUCACGGAGCGGCUUCCAUGCCAGACACUGAUCACAUGACCUGCUGAGUAAUGCUGGUAGCGGGCGGUCACUGCACUCUAUGGGCUGGAUCUACACUCCGCUCACUGUAGUCUGAUGGCUAUCGCAGUAUUCACUAAGGGACAAGCAUAUUUUGUUGUAAUGGUAGGGCACCAAAGUAAAAAAUAGAAUUCCUUCCUCAGGAAAAUUUUCAUGUAGGGUUUAUUCACUAAGUAGUGAAUUGAGGUGAGUAGAAAAUCGAAUUGGAAAAAAAUCAGGGUUACUCACUAAACACUGAAUUUUGUUCAGGUGGAUAAAAUUAGGUAAAAUGGCCAAAUUCCAGCCAUGGCAAUUCUCAUAUUUACUAAAGACAACUCUGGUCAGAAUUUGGUCAACCUGACCGAAUCCAUGUCUCCCAACCAUCCUGGUUUUCAGCGGACAGUCACGAUGUUCAGGUCCUGUCCUACCUUCCAGACACCAAGGAGCUGUCCCCAAACCGUAGGACUAGAGAAUCAUAAUAUGUGCAAUUUCUACACUCGGGUCACUAGGUCAAUGCAGAGAGCAGUGAAACAGUGCUCUCUGCAUGGUUUCCCAUGUGGGCUAACUUACUCAUGCCAGGCUUACCUGCCAAUAAUCUGGGAAAUAAUGUGCCUUUGGGCAGAGCGUCACCGGAUCACCCCCCUUUACCUCCUCCCAGCAACAUCCCACUUUUUGGGAUGCCAAUGUUGGGGUUAUGCAGAUCUGCACUAAUCAGUUGGAUGCAUCAGGUGUCUGGUUCAAAUUUAGUGACUUUUGCAUACAAACCCUAUACAAAGUAUAGGAUCUGGAAUAUGUAAAAAGUACAGAUUGUAAAAAGAAAAUCUGGACGAAUUCAUUUACUUGUGUUUUAAUCGGCACUGCUGUCAGGCAGAUGUUUUUUUUUUUUAAAUCUUAGUAAUGCAAGGGUUAACCGUGUGAUGGUUGGCUAGCGCUUGCAAGCCAGCCACCACAUUUAAAAAAAAAAAAAAAAGGUGCUUCGUACUUGACAUCAUAUACAAUCAGUGAGCUGGACAAAUCACAUAUAAAAGAAGAGGGUAUAUUUUUGUGUCCAUGCGGAAGUAAUUGCUUUCCCCAAAUGUUCCAGCCUCAGACUUAUAGAGGGUGAUUUAUCAAAGUGUCUCUGACAAUUUUACAUCUAAGUAAAAGGGACAUUCCACUGCCCAAAUUAAAAAUAAAAAUCGCUGUUUAGUAGAUAUAUCCCAAAUGAAGGCACGCAUUUAAUUAUGCAUUUUUGCAUUGGGGAUGUAUCUACAAACAGCACAAAAAAACCUGCAGUGCUUUUGUCUGCUGCCUUUGUAACCCUCCCCUUCUAACCUCUCCCAGACUUUCUGUGGCUGUCCAAUCACAGACUUCCCAAUGCAGCAAAAUGAAAAGUCUUUGCAAGGUAGGUGCUCUGAGUACUUGCUGCCUUUUGAGUUUAUCUCCACUGCACUAACCAAACCAGGAAGUAACAAGACCCAGUGGUGUAUUUUGGAUCUGUGCUGCCCUAGGCAUGACGGAACUCUGGCACCCCCUAAUUUACAUUUUCCCCACCACUUCUUGUCAAUGCCUCACCUCUUCCUGUUAAAGACUAACACAAACACUUUGACUGACAGACACACACUCUCUGAUACACUGACAUACACACACAAUCACGCAGACACAUAGAUUCACUCACUGACACACACCCCCACUCACAGACACACACAAUCACUCAGACACACAGGCUCCAUCACAGACACCCCCGCUCACAGACACACACAAUCACUCAGACACACAGGCUCCCUCACAGACAGACAUAGAAACACAUGCACCCUCACAGACACACACAAUCACUCAGACACACAGGCUCCCUCACAGACACACACAAUCACUCAGACACACAGGCUCCCUCACAGACACACACUCACAGACACACACAAUCACUCACAGACAUACACUCACUCAAAGACACACACUGACAGCUAUACACACACACACUGACAGACAUACACACACUGACAGCCAGACAGACACACACACUGACAGAGACACACACACACACACACACACUUCCUACCGCCCCCCCCCCCCACCAGUGGUGCUGCUGGCUGGGCUGCUUGGGCAGGGAGGGAGUCAGGCGUGCAGGCAGUUGGGCGGCAAGCUGAAUUCCAAGGCGGUCGGUGAGGGAGCGCUGAUUUGUGAGCUCUCUCUGCUCAGCUCAUGUCAUAUUCUGGGGCGAGCGAGGGAGCUGAGCAGAGAGAGCUCACAACUCAGCCCUCCUUUGCCAACCGCCUUGGAACUCAGCUAGCCGCCUGCCACGAGGCUAACAAGGUAUUUGCCUGAGCAUUUGGGGGCUGUUUUUUUCCGCCCCCUGGAAAGUGCCGCCCAAUGCAAAUGCCUUGUUUGCCUCGCAGCAAAUACGUCACUGACUAGACCUGUUAUCUGAUUGACAGCCAGGGGGGUGUAACCAGAUUAAUUUAUAAAAGUGCCUAUUUCUAUUGAAAUCAGCACUUUUUGCAAAAUGAAAAAUAGAGGACACACUCUUCACACAUAAAGUUUUUCAGCAAGCUAAAGUGCUUUAUUAGAGACACUUUGAGAUCUUGGCUAUCGAAUUCUGCAUAUUGCCACAUAACACACUUAAUCAGAAUUCAUAGUGAACUGUCAGCUUAAAGGGACACUAUAGGCACCCAGACCACUUCAGCUCAUUGAAGUAGUCUGGGUGCUGUGUCCCUUUUGCACUUAGUGGUUCCAGAGAAACUGCAAUGUUUACAUUGCAGCACUACGUCUGUCCUCAGCGGCUGUCUACCAGACAUCAGGGACAUCAGCACUGGGAGAAGGUAAGGUUUUUAACCCUUUAUUUACCAGGGAGGGGGGAGGCAGAGGGAUCGGUAGUGCCAGAAAUACAAUUUUGUAUUCCUGGCACUACAAUAUCCCUUUAAGUUUCAGUCACGCUGGAGGACCACUGGACAAAAAGGCCCAUGUAUUCGUGUGUAACAAUCAUGCUACCAUGCAAUGUAAACUGGGAAUUAGGCAAUCCCACCAGUACCUGACUCGGAGCCUAUAAAACAAAGUACUUAUAAAGCAACUCUCUGUAUACAUUGUACCGUGUUCAAUGCUGGAAAUUCCCUCUUUAAGCAGCCACCCCCCUCCUGUCAUGCACAAGUCGUGAACUAAAUGAAAGUGAAAGCAAGACAGAGCCUGCACAAAAGUAGUGUUUCAGGAAGAAAGGGAGCUAGACACCGAGAGAGCACGAAAAGAAGAGACAACUUUUUAAACAGUCACCAUGUCUAAAGAUUGUAUCCUAAAGGUUACCAAAGACAACCAGCGGAAGGUAAAUUUAUCUUGUUUUUAGAAGCUAUUCUUUUUAUUUUUUUUGCAGUGUCUGAGAAUCUUGUGUUUGUGUGUUUUAAUAAAAGAUCUCUUCCUGAAUCAAAGAGGCCAAUGUUUAGUGAGCAUGUAGAAGGGACUGAUAGUUUACAGGGAUCACCCUACUAAUAAUAUUGCCUUUUGCACUGGAGGGAAUUACUAUUUAGAGGCAUUUGGAUUGUGAAGGCAAAUCAAUGAAAACAAAGCCCCAAACUGAAACUAGAUUUGUCAUGCAGGCCUCAGCAGUAAUCAAACACAUAACUUAUUGCAAAUCGGGCAUAGAUUGCAAUUUCACUCAUUAUUGGAGCUUUAUUAAGAGGUGAAAGGAUUAAGGGCAUUCGAUAGAAUAUAUUUGUCAGGUAUAAAAAAAUAAUAUAGGAUAUUAUGUGUAGAUUUGGACACUAAAAGGGUUAAAUUAUAAAAUCGAGAGAUCAGUUGUUGGAAAGUACCUUGAAAAUGAAACUACACAAGAGAAAUGAUAAAAUAUAUAAAUCUGAGGAAUAGAGCUGAAUAUAGUUAAAAAUAAAAGUAUCGAUGGUAGUUUUAUUAUUAUAUUAUUCUUUUGAGAUAAAAAAAAAACUAAUAAAAAAAAAAAAAAUUUAGAAAAUAAAUAGCAAUGGAAUAUUGCUGGCAUUUGUAACGGAUCACCUGGCACCCCGACUGGGUACCUCUGUUGAAGGAUGCUCCUAGCGCUUCCUGGGGGCUCCAAGCACUCCAGCCGACACCAUAACCACCGUAGACUCCCUCAGAGAGCAAGACAGGAACAAGCUCUUACAAGAGCUUAGUAGUGAUUUAGCAAGAGAGUAUGACUGGCAUAGCAAUCCCUUGUAGCAGAUUCCCCCCAAUAAGAGACGGCACUCCAAAUUGAGGGUGAAGUAGAACUGAAGUUUUAAUGAAACACUCUGCUUUUAUGCCCAUUUUACAAACAUAGUACCGCCCACAGGGUUUUGAAGAACAACCAAUCCAACACGUACAAUAUAGUAAAACCCUCCCCUCUGCCUGUGAUAUAAUUACUGAACUCAAUGGGUUAAUGUAAUUAUCACAGACAGGAAAAAUAUACUUUUUACACAUGUACUGUAACUUUAAAACUAUACAUUCAAUCUUCAUAAAAUAAUAAUCAGCAUACUUCAAAUAUGAACACUUUCAAAAAUCAUACAAAUCCCUCCAGUAGAUAAAAAGUUAGACGGAAGUCCUUUGUGACCGACCGCAAGUACAUUUUCAUGCCCAAAACAGUUCCAUAGAUUAGGGCUGUGCGGUCGGUCUAUUUCGGGCAGAAUUAGCUCAGUCUAGCAGUACAUUCAAACUGCAGAACGGGACUUAGUUUCUAGUUUUCUGCCGCAGAGUCUAAGUACAGGAGAAGGUAAGGGUCAGUGGGGUUCUUUGAAAUCUGUAGCCGAUUUCAGUUCCAUGAAUUUGGCUGCACGCACCGCUGACCGCGAUCUGCUGAAUAAAGAUGGCCGCCACCACGUGUUCGUCUGCACGAACGGCGGCCCCCCAUCGGUCGACAAUUUACCUACAGCAGGCUCCCAGCCUGGAAGGUAAAUUGCCUGCACACUUCCACUUCUGUGUGGUCCGGCUGUGUGGUACUUGGUUCAGUAAGCCCCAUUUACUGAACCAAGUGGGAGAAAGCCAUGCGCAACGGAUUUUAAAGGUUUGGGGACAUAGUCUUAAAGGGGCACAAUCUCCCAGGAGCCAUAGUCAGAAGGUAGGAGGCGGGCAAGCAGGCCCCUCCAAAAACCAGUGGCGAGGUCAUUUUCCCCACAGCAUUUCUAUUUAAUUUUGUAAAGCAUGGUACAACUGAACAGUACCUUUUAAGAUUAAGAAUACAUUAUAUUCUACGUGAAGGGUUAAUGAAGUCUGCUGAGUCUAGCGGUUUCCCUACAUGCGGGAAGUGGUGUACUGCCUACAUGACAUUCAAACCAGUCAGCAAAAGUAAGAGGUCGUUGCCUACUGGCAGGUUAAAUGAAAUGGGCAGUCAGUAGGAAGCCAGGUAUAGGACACCAGAAGUACUUAUUAUCAUAGGUCAUGUCAAGUACAGGGCAAAUAUAUGGAAAAUCCAAGACAGAACAAGAACCAACCUAGCCAACAAGAAACAGACUGAAGAAGGCUAACGGUGAGUUAAGCAACUAAAACGUAAUGCUCAAGCAGGAACCUGGAUUUGAGAUGGGUUUUUAAUAUCUAGCUGAUUAGGAGAUGGGUCAAGCAUAGAACCUGGGGACCAGAUGGCUUUAGCACUGAUCUGCUAUAGUGAGUGGUGAAGAGUUCAUUUCACCCAAACUGUCACAGCUCUGGAGAGGCUGGGUGUGCAGGUGCCCCACCUCCAAGUAAUGUGCUGGCAUUCAUUUCUUCAAUACCAAUCCGAUAAGUUGAGGAGAAACAGGAAUUUCAGGUGAGUAUAUAUUUUAAUGUACAAUAUCUAGAUAAAACGUACACCUACCUGGAACAUUCUUCUCACCUUAUAGGGUCUAUGUUAUACAUUAAAUGGCUGCACAUCUCUUGGAUUGGCACUCUUUGUGUCCAACAGGUUCACAUUAAAGGAGCAUUCCCAGCACCAUAACAGCUUGAGCUUUUUAAAGUUGUUAUUGUUUGUAUUCUAUCCCUUGCUCAUACUGCACAGCAGUGAAGAACAGGCGCUGGAGUACCUCACUCAUCUUGUGAUAGUAUUACUGUGACCUUAUUUACCACACUGCUCAGUAAAUAAUUUGAAUACAGCAACAUGUUAUAGUGUCAUGGUGCAAUCUGUCAUUAUACCUACUCCUAGUUUUAUUUUUUUUCUUUGUAUAUGUGGUAAAAUGUAACUAUUAACUAACCUUAACUUUUUCAGGUAAAUGGAUUUCAAGAAAACCUCUUCAAUCAGGUAACUUGUUUAUGGAUGUAAUAAGCUACUAAUGUUUUACUAUUAUGCUUUGUAAUGCCAUACUCUAUAGAUACAACAAAUCUAUCUUAUGAUAAACAGUUGGCUGCCUCUCUUCCACAGACAGAUUUUAAGUAUUUAGCUCCUUGGGUCACUUUAGCAGUAUGUUUUUUUCCUAAACCUACAACCCUUUUUUUCCCCCUUUGACUGCAAUGAAUGCAAGAAGCAAGUGACCAUACUGAAAAGCAAUUGAGUUAUGUGGAAAUUAGAAUCCCACCUCUAGAAUAGUUUGAGGUUAUUACUUUGAAGGCUCGUGUGGGCACGGUACUUGAUUCAGAUUUGUUUAACAUGGAGAGCAAAUUCUGAGCCCCCAGACUUUGAGUAAAUCUCACGUUUCCAGGUGGGCCUUUUCCCUGUUUGUCCACUAUGCUUUACUUGUGACCAGGGCCGGUGCAAGGAUUUUUGCCGCCCUAGGCACUAUAGGCUCAGGAACACAAACAUAGAUUCCUGACCCUAUAGUGUUAGAACCACUAUGUAGCCCCCUUGGCCCCCUUUGCCUCCCUAAAGAUAGUAAAAUCUUACUUGUGUUCAAGUCUGAAGCUGCUGCCUGUGAACUUCCUUUUGACAUAAUCAGAAGUGGUGGCCUGAUCCAAUCACAAUGUUUCCCCAUAGGAUUGGCUGAGACUGACAAGGAGGCAGAUCAGGGGAAGAGCCAGCACAAUUCAAACACAGCCCUGGCCAAUCAGCAUCUCCUCAUAGAGAUGAAUUGAAUCAAUGAAUCUCUAUGAGGUAAAUUCAGUGUCUGCAUGCAGAGGGUGGAGACACUGAAUGUUUGGAUGCAAUUUAGGCAGCCAUGAUCCAGGAAGGAUCUCUAACAGACAUCUGAGGAGUGGCCAGUGAAGUUAUCACUAGGCUGUAAUGUAAACACUGCAUUUUCUCCGAAAAGACAGUGUUUAUAGCAAAAAGCCCGAAGGUAAUGAUUCUACUCACCAGAACAAAUUCAAUAAGCUGUAGUUGUUCUGGUGACUAUAGUGUCCCUUUAAAUAAACAUACAUUCAUGUUUAAUAGAAAUAUACAAAAGAAGGAAACAGCGCUAAAUUAAACCAACCCUAUAAAUAGGUAAAGUAGGAGGCAGCAACCUAAAAUAGGGUUCCCUCUAAGCCCUAUGAACAAAGACUUAACCCUCUACACGUAUCCUACAAGCGGGGAUUAUACCGCUGUACGCUAUUCACACUAGAGUUGGCUUAAGCUCUACUAAACGUGAGUAAGACUGUAUUAGACUCUGUUGUUAUAUACACCAUCUUUACCAGACGUACUGCCCUAUCAUCUGUCUUUCUCUUCCACAUACGGGGUAAAAGACCAAUACUUCUCUACGUAUCCUAUAAGCGGGGAUUGUACCGCUGUAUGCCACACUAGAGCUAGUUCAGCUCUACUACACGUGAGUAGAAUUACCAUAGCUCUCUUCUUCCUGCAUAUCAACCCUCUCAUCAGACGUAUUUGCACCAUUAUUUGUUUAUUUCUUUACAUACGGAUCCUGAAAAGCCAUCUUCACGUGACUCUUAGAGAGAAUACCCCUCCACAUAGGCCGUCGUUGCCCCACCAGGCCCUACUAAAGACUUUGUUUUGGCACCACCUACAUUUUGGACUUUGUUCAUUCUCUAGCUGCACUUUAGUCCGCUUUGGCACAACCUUACUCUGUUUUGUCUUGUAUAAUACAUUCAUGUUUAGCAGAGCUUCAUGCAUCCUUCAAAUCACUAUGUGUUUACACAUGCGCAUACAACAAUACCCAUCAAACUCACACCUAUUUAAUGACCAAACACUCGGGACAUAACAUGUAAAAAAAAAACUGAUAUCCAGGCCAUUACUGAUAAAUAAUUGCUUAUAGUAGUUAUAAAAAUGAUCCUCUGUAUUAACAUUUGCUUCUGUGAAGUGCUUGUUGAAUUAGAUAAACAUGUUAUGGUAGGUAAGCCAGUACAAUUAUUUCCUAUACAAGGGUUCUUUCAGCCAGAUACUAUUUUUUGUUGUGGGCCUGAGGUAAGUAGAGAGAAAGUGCCCACAGUAUUAUCAAUGUAAAUUACACCUGGUUCCUUCACAACCUUGUUUUACUGUUAACAUUUUGAUUGUUGUGACAAUUUUCUCUUUCCCUAAACCUAGUCUGUAAAGAUGUAAAAUAUGGAGUAUAACAACUGUAUAUCUCUUACAGGUUCAACAUUUUCUGUCUGAGUUCAUCCCAGGCAAGAUACAAUAUCUGGAUGGACUGCUACAGGUAAUUUGGCUAUUUUUGUGCAUGGGUAAGAGUUAAAGGGACACUGACUAAAUACAAAAAAAUUAAGCAACAAACACAGUUCCAUAGAUAUACCCCCAAUGAAAACAAGCAUGCAUUUAAUUAUGCAUUUUUUUCCCUGGAGAAGUUAUCUACAAACGGCAUGCAAAAACUGUAAAUGUCUUCCCUCUUCUUCCCCAGCCCAGACUUUCUAUGGCUGUUCAUGACAGGCGCACAGUCGGAUUUACCGGCAUAUGCGCUAACCUUACCCUGAACCCUAUUAAGACACGCACACAGGUUAUACUGUUGGAUAAUUUAGUCCACAGCUUUAUUAAUAAUUAAUUAAGGAAUAACAAAUAGGGUCAUUGCCAACAAAUAUUAUUAAAGCCAACAUCCCCCCCAUAUACAUAACAUACCUCUGGCAAUGAUCCCACAAUAAUAACAAUAAAUAAUCUAAUUAACACAGAAACUGGCCGUCCAAUAUGACCACAUUUCCACCAGAUUAAAUUGUAGGGGUGUACCAAGACACCGCUACACCCACAAGUUCAAUUGUAGGGGUGUACCAAGACGCCGCUACACCCCGAGGUUGGGAGCCACCGACGGGCUAGAACCUAUCAACCAAGUGUAACACUACCUAAUCCACACUAAACCUCAGGAUGCCUACUUACUCCUCCAUCUACCCCCCACUUUAACCUGGCCAUUCCCUGCCACAGCUCAGGACUUGACACCUAAAGCUCCGGAGCACCCUCCCCCAUACCUAAACAAGGCCUGUUGAAGGCCCUCCUGAAAGCCCAAAAUAAAUUGGUCACACCUGAAAGAUGCACACCAUCCCUCUGAAGAACCCAGGAAGCAUGCCUUCCAAAUCCCUGUUCCUCACUGCCACUCCACCUAUACACCUAAUAAAGACCGCCAUCAUUUUAUUGAUUUGUCCCCGACACUGAGCCACUGCGGCCGGGUCCUCGGCAUGUCGCCAGUGAAACCGAGGAACCAUCUCGGACCACACCACCACCACACCUGGAGCCAGCUCCCGUUGCCGGUCCACAUCCCUCUUCAUCCAUCUGACCGAUUCCUUUUUUGGGACCAUGCCCAGAUCAUUACCUCCAGCGUGGAUUAACAGUACAUCCAGAAUGGGGCCCCUUGCCACCCUCCAAUACAUUUCCCCCUAAUGCCUUGCCAACCAAAACCUGGAAAACUAAACCACUCCAGUGUCACCAACUCCAGAGGAAAGCCCAGUUGCAAUCCUUGUUUCCGAACUGCGGCUCUCUUCUGCGCCCAGUAGAUGUAAGAGUGGCCCACCAACCAGGCCACACAACCUGAAACGAAAACAGAAUCAGUGACAAGGCAUAACACCAAACACCAUCCCACCAAUCCACACCCAUUAAACCAAGUGUUCGGGCCGUAAGUAGGACUUAAACCAUACCAACUCCCACCUACCUAUACGUUUCACCAGUUCCUCACCUAGACCCAAGCAGGACGUCUCCGUCGCCUGCCCUAUCUGGAAGGAAUGGGUUCCAAACUGCAUGGGAUCCAAACCCAGCUCCGUCAAGGCCAUUCGAAAAACCCGAAAGAAUUGGAACCACGACAGAGCGGAUCCAUCCCCUUGUACCAAAAAAGAACCCAAGACACCUUGGCAUAACUCCACGUAGUGCAAUGCACAUGAAACUGGGCAGACUCCUAACCCAGGCCGGGAAAAUAGUGUUACCAAACAACCUUUUCCAAAUACAUUAGUCUUUGUACGGCCCAACCGAAUCACCACCCUAUCUGUCCGUAAUUCGAUGUCCGAGUGCUGUACCCCCUGACACCCUCCCUAAAGGUAAUCACCAGUUCACCCAUCCGAAAGGCCCUGAAGAAUGCAACCGAGAAUAACCCCACCUCAAAAGGAGAUGAACACACUACUGGCAGAACUCCCACUAAGCGCUGCAGGACUUAAAAAGAUACCGGUCUUCUAGUAUCCACCGAUUUCUUACCUCUCCUAAAGCCCUUGUAACGUCCUCCCAACCAUUCAACUUGAACAGAAAUGCCAAUGCCGCCAUAUUUCUAUCGAUCACAGACGGAGGCAAACACUGUGCAAACAAACGGCAUAGAAACCACAGUAAAGUAUCUAACCGUCCCUCCCUUUACUGGGACACCCCUGUGUGACCUACCGCCUCGUCCCAUGCAUCCCAAACGUUUACAUAAGCAGCCCAAGUGCCAGGCUCCAAAGAAUUCCUUAUGAAUCCUCCAAGCAUGACGUCCCGAGCCACCAAAUCUCCUCCAGACAGGCCUGUCCUUCCUUAAGCACCCCCCGGAGCCACCAUCCGAAAACGUUCCCACUGUGAACAAGACAAGGAAUCAGCUACCACGUUUAACAAACCAGGCAGAUGACGUGCCCGGGAAAUUAUAUUAAAAGACAUACAAAACAAAUCGCCGUAAUAAGCGUACCACCGGGACCGAAGUUGCGGAUAAGCGGUUAACCACAUGAACCACUGACAUAUUGUCCGUAAAAAAGAUAACUUUCCUGUCCUGCAGCACCUCCUCCCACAACACCAAAGCCACCGCCAAAGGGAACAACUCAAGAAACGUCAAAUUACAGAUAAGAGGACUUGCUUUCCAGGCAACUGAGCAGCACACCACCUGCCCGCCAAAUAUGCCCCAAAACCUAUGCUUCCCAAAGCAUCCUUAAAAAAAUCAAUAUCCUCCGAAGAAGCUGCAGCUUCACGAAAGAAGACCCAUCCGUUGAAAUAACAUAAAAACGAUUCCCAGACCUACAAAUCCGCCUUUAUGGCCCCCGUCACCCUGACAAAGUGACGCGGAGACCGGACCCCACAAGUUGCCCUUGCCAGAAAACGGCUAAAAACUCUCCCCAUGGGAAUUACCCUGCACGCAAAAUUCAGGCUGCCUAUCAAAGACUGCAGCUCUCUCAACGUAACCUUUCUGGACCCUCUAACAUGCACCACAAGCUCCUGAAGUGCGAUCAACUUAUCCCUAGGAAGCCGACGUUCCCCUGCCACAGAAUCAAUCUCCAAGGCAAGAAAACUGAGACAAGUGGUAGGGCCCACUGUCUUGUCUGCUGCCAGGGGUACUCCAAAUGAAUGAGCCACCCAUUUUGAAGACCGCAAGGUAUGGCCACAAUGAUCUGACCCAGCAGUGCCCACACACAAGAAGUCAUCGAGAUAGUGCACCCUCACCCGAUUCCUCCUUCAACACCCACUCCAAAAAGGAACUAAACUUUUUGAAGUAGGAACAUGAAAUGGAGCAGCCCAUAGGUAAGCAAAGGUCCACAAAAUAAGCUCUGUCAAACAUACAACCUAUCAGAUGGUGACAAUCCAGGUGGAUCGGCAGUUAUUGAAAAGCCGACUUCACGUCAGCCUUCGCCAUUAAUGCCCCGCCUCCUGCCUUCCGAACCAACUCAGCCGCCUGGUCAAAUGAUGCAUAGGAGACAGAACACAGGGCCGCAUCAAUGUCAUGAUUCACCGAAGAAGCUUUCAUAUAUGACAAAUUAUGGAUCAGAACUUACCCCGUUCUUUCUUAGGCACCACGCCCAAAGGUGAAAUCCGUAAGUCUGCCAUUCUACCCAGCUGAACCUCUUUAGCCAAUUUAUCUCGAACCACCUCUGGAUGCUCUGCGACCAACUUCAAGUUGUCACACAAUCGACCAAAAACCUUUUCCUUAAAAUUAUACCAAACCCUUUUGAAAACCCCAGAUCACACCCAAAUAGCAGAAAAACUGAGAACAUUGCUCGGAAAAUUUCUCCCCCAAAACACUAGCCAAAAUGCAGAAUGCCCGAAGCCAAUUCCCAAAAGACUUAGGUAUCUUCCAAUACCUCCUUCUUCUCUUUUCCUCCUCCUCUUUCUUGGCAUUAUUCUUAUCUUCCUCCUUCAGAUCAAGAUAUUCAUCCAGGAAGGAACGGGAAGAUCUUGAUGAAUUGAAUGACAACCCAAAGGCCCAGCGAAUGACACGUGUACAUUCUGCCUGGCUACCUUCGGGAUCUCACCUGUCAACUCGCACGCUUGCUGACCACCACAGACUUCCCUGACCUGAGCAAAGUCACCAUAGUCCCGCCCUGAACACUGCCCGCCGCAGCCACCGUAACAAUCGUAGCCACCCCACUCCUGCCUAUCGGUGGACCCCACACCCGACUAAAAUGCGCCUCCUGUGGAUCCCCAAAAGCCAAAGUGUUAAGAAAGGACCUCAAGCUAUCCAAGAGAUUCCUGGCGUUUAGUGUAGAAGAAGACUCCCUGCCAGAACCCCCUGCCGUAGAAGACCGCGGGGCCACUGUCCUUCCAUCCACCUCGAGAGGUUCAGGAGUAGCGUCAUAGCUUCUGCAUCUACCUGCCUGGUCCUGCCUCAGGAUCGUAGGAGAAGGAGUUGCUGACCUGCGGGAAGAAGACAACCUGGGUUGUCUGCUCACAGGAGCCCCAACCCGUCCAUCCUUCCCACAUUCCCAACCACAAUGUCUGGCCAGAUUAGUUGUACAGGGUAAGCCUACCUGUCUGAUAACUCCCGUUAGGUGACCUGUAAGCACUGCACCGGCUCCUCGCCCUAUCCUCAGAAGAAGUUGAGCGCCCCCUGCUCUAAUGCCUCACAGAAGGGCUCCUGUCUCUGCUGUGCCAACCCGCCGUGGACCGUCUAUCCUCGUGUGCCUCGUCCUAUCCUUGGAAUGAUCCUGAGAAGUAGCCUGGGACACCCGGUGAUCCGCUAUUGCUCGUCCUAGAGCGGCGCUUCCUGCACCCCCGGAUAGCAUGACUCUGUCAGGAUUACAAGUUGAUCCAGCACGCAGUACUGUGUCACACCUAGGACUAAGGAUAAUGUAUAACCGGACCUUAGAAUGGCCGGACGUAACGUUUCCAAGAAUAGUCAAAAUACUUGCCGAGGUCAGGGACACAGAAUCAGACCAAAAGAUGAGGGAAAGCAAAAAGUCAAGUAUACCAGAUAUCAGGGAAAUCAAAACGAAGCCAAAGUCAAAUACCAGAAAAUCAAGAUCAGGAACGCACUCUCGGAUAACCAUAGGCAUGAAACCACAACAGGGCAAUGAGCAAGAAAAGAAUUGGGUUUAAAUACCGCUCCUGUGGAACCGAUUGGCUGUAACCGGCCUUUGACCCCAAAGGCAAUUACCAGGUUUCCAUGUGCAUGAUUGCUGCUCAACACAAACACUCCUGUGGAUUUGAUUGGCCAUGACCGGCAUUUGACCCCAAAAGUAAUUACCAGGUUUCCAUGUGCAUGAUUGCUGCUUGGCACAACUUUUCCUCUCAGGACAAUAAAUGCCAUUAACCACAUUUUUAUGUGACAGACUUGUCAGACGUGACAGACUCCUCCAAUCUGGCUUCUCCAUCUACCUGGCUCCAUGUAGCUGUGCGCACUCUCUCCCACCUGACCCCGCGCGGGCCUUGCUGGGCCGGACUCCCACUAUCAGGGCUCAUAUCUUGCCUGUUAGGCCUGACUGGCACCUCCCUGGCCGUAGUACUGCUAUGUCCUAUCCCUGCCUGGCUGCCUGACUCAGCCGCCACCUGCGCUGACUUAGCCCCAACUGGGAUAUUGGCCUCCACCGCAGCUGACCUGGCCCCAGCCGAGGAUGUACCAGAAUCCUUCCUGCUGCCUUGACCCCCCACCGCCCAUUCCCCUCCGUGCCCCUGGGAACCCACGUCCCCCCCCACACUCCCCAAGGAUACAAGGCCCAUGGGGCCCGACUUACAGAGAGCAGCAGGGGUAUCUCCAGCGUUGGUCGCAGACCUGGCUGCACUCCCUGCCAAACCGGAGCCCACCAUCCUCAGCACCCAACCUUUCCUGCCAGCCGACGGGGUCAAGCCUGACCUGGGAAACGCAGACGUGCAGCCUCCAUCCCCGACCCGUGCCACAUAGACCGCCUGCCUAGGGCCUCCACGGCCAACACCUCAGGCCCAGCUCUCUCACCACCGCCUCGACCACCCAGCCUGCUCCGGAACAGUCUGCCACAGGAGCAGCUCCUGGAGAUGGGCUUCUCCUCUGUGCCGGCACGGAACCGGGGCUCAAACACUGGGGAGGCCUUGUCCUCCGUGCGGGCUGUCGCUCCGGAACCACCACCGGCCCACCAGAAGGCCCAGGGGAUGCCAUCCGCUCCUGCAGCCAAGCAAUGCCGUGCUCCCUUGCCGCCACAUGAACACCUGCAAGGAAUUCUUCUACUGGAUCAAUCUAAAAAAGAAAGAAAAAAUUUGCCCAAACCUGAGAGACAACUAAUAGGUAAGUUUAGGUUUAGUUAAGAUGGUCACUUCACAAAAUGGCUGGUAUAAAUACUCCCAUCGUAGCUCCCCCUCCCCCUCUCUCCCCCAGCUUGCUAGCUGUCAUUUAACUUCCCUUGGCUGUUAUACCUACCUCCUGGCUCUGUCAAGGCCCACUCCCCUAGCUGUGCUGAUCCAUGGGCUACAAUCACCAAUUACCAAUGAAGCUGAAUGAGAAGUCUUUUCAGAACAGGUUCUCUGAACAAUUCCUUACCUCUUGAGUUUAGCUCCACUGAGUUUAACAACCAGGAAGUUGUCUGAGUGAUAGCCAGAGGGUGUAACAAGGUUAAUUUAUGACAAGUGUAAAUAUCUUUUGAAAUCUGCACUUUUGUGAAAUGGCACGCACAUUCAGUCCUCUCGUCUUGAGUUCAGCAAAUGUGGAAUGUAUCAGAGUUUGACUGUGAUCACUGCCUAUAAUACAAUUGUAAAUUAUUUCCCAAAUGAAACACUUUAACCUAUUUAUAUAUUAUCUUCAUAAUUACAUAAUUUACUACACUUAGUUCAUGUGAAGUCAUGACAAAGCUUUAUUACUCACAUUAUCCCAACAUUUCUCUACCUGAAUAUAUCUUGCCGGUCUGAUCAAUAUUUUUGUUUCAUAGAGCAAUACUUUUACUGUGAAGGAUCUAACAACUCUACAUUCCGAGCUGGACAUUCCAAUCCCGGACCCUCCUGCUCCAGAGUCUGAGGUGAGGGAAACAAGAUGUGAAGAGAACUGGAAAAAUUAUAGAAGUACAAGAAACCAGAAAAAAAUAGGAAAUGAGAAAAACAAGUGUACCCGGAGAAGGGGUGACAAGUUGAGCAGAAGAAAGAGUAAUUCGAUCACUGAUAGAAAACCUCGACCCUGACAAUUUCAUGGUGACAUUUGUUCUGCAGGGACAAUUUAGAAACUUUCUAACUGUAUGAGAAUAAGACCAUGAAGAUCUGCAGUAAAGGGACAUCAGUAGAGUCUGAUGAACAAUGUAUAGGAGACCAGAUGUAUUUAGGUAAAAUAGAGUACUGGCAGUUAAAAGAAUAUUGUCACUUCUGGGACAUAUGCAUCACCAAGCUGUUUCUUGCAUGCCCAAUGGUUGAAAAAAAAUACUUAUCAUUAGCACACCGCAGGCAACAGCCUAUAAGCAGUUUACUUUAGUUUAAUUGCCUUCUUCUGUACAACAGAGACCAUGCUGACAUUGUGACAAGUCUAAUUAAUGAGAUUUAAAUAUUCAAUUUUAGUACACAUUAUUACACAAUUAAAAAAUUUCAGUCAAAGUGUUAAUUUUAUGAAGAAUGGGUCGUCAAUCUAAACUUAUCUUAUAUGGAUUAUUUAGGUCUGUGUCAAAAAAGGUCCACUAGGUUAGAAUAAUGUUAUUCCUGUCCUUGAAGAUCACAAACGAAUUAAAUGUUGGAACCAAUAAGGUUUAAUAAUAUGGGGUUACACAGAAGGCCAAAUAUUGAAUAAGUACUACCAUACAGAUGUAUAGAAUACAAAAAGCAUAGGAAAUUUUAGGGAGACUAUAAGUCUCCCCAGGUCUCAGGACAGAAUCACCUGGGGUUCACAUGAGCAUAGGAAAAAAUAGCACAGUGGCAGGCCAUUAAAAGAGGUAAAAAUGUUUGUUAUUGUCUGAGCUAAAAAGAUAUGUGAGAGCCUGAGAUUGAAAAAAUUACUGAAGUCACAAUAUUUGCUCCCCAGGAUUCAUCCAAGAUGGAAACAGACAAAGAAGAGAAGAAAGGUAAUUUACCACACAUGCACCUACAUCUUCUAACUAAAUUGCAGGAUUUUUAAAAACGUUCAGUGUUUUGUGUUUUCUAGCUCCUCGCUGUGGUUUCCUGAAAGAGAAUGAGAAGCUGCAUAAAAUCCUGAAUACCGUUCUACCUGAAAUUCGAUCUCUGAGAGAGGGCUGUGCACUGGUAAGACUGUAACCCCAGAUCCCAUUGAUAUCUGUCUAUUACAUAAGGUGCAUGUAAUUACUUAGAGAAAAGUUAUGGACAGUGAUAUAAUCCCACCAUGUCUUCAUUUUAUAGAUCAUCACAUGGAUCCAUCACCUUAUUCCAACAAUUGAAGAUGGAAAUGAUUUUGGCGUGUCUGUGCAGGUCAGACAAUGUUUCUCUUUCUCAGUGACCUUCGAAUUGGCACAACACUGAAAUCUUCCAUUACAGGGGCAAGAUAAUCAUGUUAGUCUUAUACAGGGGCAUAAAGAGGUUAAGCCUAGAACCUUUAUAAAAGUGCUGCUUUCUCUUGAAAUUAGAACUUUUGUAACACUUGAAAGAGGGGCCUCUGAUGGUUAUUACUCUGAGGUGCAUCCACCCCCCAUAACCCAGAUAAACUAGACUAUUUCAAUCAGAUGGUGUCAUAGAAACCAUUUGAUAGGGAAACACAGGUUUGACUGAAUUCAUCUAAACUCAGCUAAAGAGGUGUAGUGUGAUCGUGGAGACAAGCGCGGCUAGGGCUGAAAGGUAAGUAAUACUUUUCAAACUCUCACCGGGAGGGGGGGAUUCUAAAUAGGUCAGGUUGUAUUCCUAACUGUAAUGGGUAGAGUUCAUUUAAGCUUGUAUAAUUUAAAUUUAUUAUUUUCCUUUUCAGCAAACGAAAAGCUCCCUCGAUUAAAUAUGCAAAAGCAAAAUUUUUAAUAAGAUAUGCCUUAAGUAGAUUUUAAAUGUUAUUUUGGCAAUCAAACCACAAUAUAAAAAUUGGGUAGUCAAUAACUUACCCAUUUGAUUGUUUGUAAAAUCUUAUUUCCUAGCCUCAGAUCUUGAGAUGUUUAUUUCAGAACACUUUGAAAACCAACAGCAUGGACCAGCAGUGUUUUUUUUCAUUAUUUUCAUUAUAUUGCUAACAAUAAGCACAUGUAGUGUUAAACAAAGUAGAUGAGAUUAAUACAAUAUGAUGCAUUUUUUAUUGUCUUUUUCUUUGUCAGGAGAAAGUUAUAGAACGUGUAACUGCUGUGAAAACUAAAGUGGAAGCAUUACAUACAGCUAUUGCAAAGUAAGAGCAAUCUUCAUUCUCUUCUAUAUAUAGGUCAGGUAAAAGUACAGGAAAGCAGCGCCUUCUGGGUGUCCUUAAAUUCGUAUGGUGGUAAGUAAGGAAAAUCCAUACUUACCACCAUACGAAAUAAAGCAAAUAUGUGCACAGUGUGGCAGACAGUUACUGUGAAACUCUAUACACCUCAAAGUGGUAUCCCCUUUACCACUUUAACAAUCAACAAUAUACAUACAUAAAUCGGGUGGAGCUUCUUAAAAUAGUAGUAUAACAGAUAUUCUGUAAAAUAAAAUAUAGACCAUAGUGCAAUAUAGUAGUAAAAAUUCAAUAAAAUAUGUAUGCAGUAGAUAUUCCACUCACAAGCCUGGAGUCAUAAUCUCAUAUGACUCGGAUGGUGUGUGCCUUUGGACUAUUCCAGGAUGUCCAAAAUCCUUUUUUCAUGCAAGAUUCUGUUGGUGGUCACUCCCAAACAAAAAUUGUCAGGUCAGCAAUGGGUUUCCAUAAAAAUAUAAUUUUAUUCCAAAUCAAAAUAAAAGAAUUUUAUAAAAAUAAAUAAAAGCUCAAAUAGGGCUAUAUAGUCCUUUAAAGUCCUUAUAGAAUUGCCAAAACGCGUUUCGCCUGAUGCCACAGGCUUCCUCAGUCGGCUUUGUGAUCUUCUAUUCAGUUUCUCGAAUUUUAAAAAGUCCGCUUUUUUUCCCUUCCGGGUUCCGGGUUGUAUCUCUAUGGAACGCAAUUAUGCGUUCCAGUGACGUCACUUCCGGUUUCGUCACUUCCGGAUCAUAUUUUUCGUCGAAAGAAACAAUGGAAGUUUUACAGAAAGGGCUAAAAUUUGCCCCGACUGUAGAUUUAAAUAAAUUUGAUCUGUUUAUAGAUAUUAAUAAAUUCAUUAGACAGUUAUGUCUGAAAAAGUUUUUUGCCAAUCAGAAAGAAACUCAGAAGGAAGAGGUUAUAGAAAAGUAUAAACAUACCGAUCUAAAAACAAAAUCAAAUUUUUUUCCCAAACACCUUAUCUCUGACGAAAUUAAAGCGUUUGAGAUAAUGGUAAUGAAAGAAAUAAGACAAAUUAAACCAUUGAAUAAAUACCAACACAAUAUGUCAAGUAAGGAAAAAAAUGUGGUUAAGGGAUUAAAACAAAAUAAGGAAAUGGUUAUCAAACCAGCAGAUAAAGGGGGAGGGGUCGUUAUAUCUUCAAGGUCUAGUUACGUACAAGAAGCUGAACGAAUUUUAUCUGACCCUCUUACAUACCAAAAAUUGGAUAGGAAUCCAAUUGAGGAAAUAAAAAAGAAAUUUGAUGAAUAUAUCAAGAAAGGUCUAGAAAAGGAAAUUUUAACUAUAGAUGAAGCAAAGUAUUUGUCUACCCCACACCCCAAAACUCCAGUUUAUUACCAUCUACCGAAGGUGCACAAAGAUAGAAAAAAUCCACCCGGUAGACCAAUAAUAUCUGGAAUCGACUCCGUUUCAGCGAAGGUAUCUGAAUACCUGGACAAAUUGUUACAACCUUUAGUAGUAUGCAAUCCUGCUUACUUAAAAGACACUAUACAUAUUUUAAAACUUUUAGAGGAGACCACUUGGAAAGAAGGUAAUUUUUUAGUCACGUGUGACGUAACCUCCCUCUAUAGCAUCAUACCUCAUAAAAUUGGAUUGGAAGCUGUGCAAUAUUUUUUAAGAAAACAUAAUUUUAAAGAAGAACAGACUCAAUAUAUUUUAGAAGGGAUCCACUUGAUUUUAACCAAUAAUUUUUUUUGGUUCCAAGAUAUCUUUUAUUUACAAAUUUGGGGAACGGCGAUGGGCACCAAGUUCGCUCCCAGCUAUGCGAACUUGUUUAUGGCAUAUUGGGAAGAAAAUUUUGUGUAUGGAGGACAUGCCUGGGGAGCGGACUUGGUGUGCUAUCAUCGUUUCAUUGAUGACAUAUUUUUCAUUUGGACGGGAACUAGAACAGAAUUAGAUAUUUUUAUCACUUUUUUAAAUAAUAAUGAAUGGAACAUCGUUUUAACAGCACAGAUAAGUGAAGAAAAUAUUAACUUCCUAGAUCUUGAUAUUAAUAUUAAGAAUACUUGUAUCACUACGAAAAAUCAUUUCAAAGAAGUGGACGCAAACGGAUACAUUCAAAAAGAGAGCUGCCACUAUACACCCUGGUUACAAAAUGCACCUAGAGGACAAUUUUUAAGAAUUAGGCGCAACUGCACGAAUGAUGAGGACUAUUUACUACAGGCAGAAAGAAUAAAGACCCAAUUUCUACAAAAAGGUUAUAUAGAAAUAGAUUUACAGACAACUCUAGAAGAAGUCCGUUCAAUUCCCAGAAGAAAUCUUCUGAUAUAUAAAGACAAAAAGGGGAAACAAAAAUGGAAUAACGAUGUUCCGUUCGUCUGUAAUUUUAGUGGAAAUCAUAAAAAAGUUAAAAAGAUUAUAAAUAGAUAUUGGCACAUCUUGCAAGAUGAUGCGGUUCUAAAAAGUAUCUUGCCAGAUAAGCCUAAGAUUAUUUAUAGGGGAGCAAGGAAUCUAAGAAGCAAUUUAGUACAAAGUAGUGAUAAACAAACUUUAGUUGAAAAAUUUUUUUUAAAACAAAGUAAAGGUUUCUAUGGUUGUGGCCAGUGUCUGGCGUGCAGAAAUACUAAAAGUAGGAAACGUCACAUAACGGACAUGAAACCAUGGAUAAACCAACAGUUCCAAAUUCGAGACCACCUAACUUGUUAUUCUAAAGGAGUUAUUUAUGUCCUGAAGUGCCAGUGUAAUCUCCUUUAUGUAGGAAGAACUAUUAGAUGUCUAAACACGAGAAUAGCAGAGCAUACGAGGAAUAUUAAAAAUGGAUUGGAGUCACAUAGCGUCUCCAACCAUUUUAAAAUAUUCCAUAACCAAGAUCCAGAAGGACUAUUCUUCUGUGCAGUAAAAUUAGUGAAGAAAGACUGGAGAGGAGGAGACUAUAUUAAAAAAAUAGGAAUAGAAGAAAUGAAAUUUAUUUUUAAUUUUAACACUAUGGCACCACAUGGUCUAAACCAAGAUUUUGAACUAUGCCAUUUCAUGAACUAAGCUCCCCUAUACUAUUAAAUUUCAUGUACAUAUAUUUUUUAAUAAUUUCUAUUAAUUCAUUUUUAUACAUUUUAUAUUAUUUAGAUUUCUAUAAGUUUUUGAAAUGGUAUUCAUUUGAACAUUAAUUUUGAAAUAUCACAAGAGCACUUUUAAAAAUAUAGAAGAGCACUUUAAGACACAUGACCACUUUAAAGUUUAGACCACUUAUACAAUGGAAGAAUAUUUUUAUAUAUUGAUAUCAUGCUCUCUUUGUGAAACAUUAUCAGACAAUAUGUUUUGUAUAUUGCAUAGACACUUUCAAAAGCUAAAGAUAUUUGGAAAAAUAAUUAUCUUUGUAUAAUACUUUUACACCAUGCAAAGUAGUAAUUUCAACACAUAUAGAAUUCAAUAAUACACAUAUAUAUAUGCAAUAUAUGGUGCCAGUAACAAUAUACAAAUAUAUUUAUGAUAAAUACAUAAACUGGUUGAAAAUUGUGCAGUUCGUUUUUAAAAACAAUAGAAAUGCCGAGAGAUGACGUCAGUGGAACGCAUUAUGCGUUCCAGCUGACCGAGACCGGAACGCGGAAGUGAUAAAAGAGAAGCAAAUGUGUUCCAGGUCGACGAAAAAUAUGAUCCGGAAGUGACGAAACCGGAAGUGACGUCACUGGAACGCAUAAUUGCGUUCCAUAGAGAUACAACCCGGAACCCGGAAGGGAAAAAAAGCGGACUUUUUAAAAUUCGAGAAACUGAAUAGAAGAUCACAAAGCCGACUGAGGAAGCCUGUGGCAUCAGGCGAAACGCGUUUUGGCAAUUCUAUAAGGACUUUAAAGGACUAUAUAGCCCUAUUUGAGCUUUUAUUUAUUUUUACAAAAUUCUUUUAUUUUGAUUUGGAAUAAAAUUAUAUUUUUAUGGAAACCCAUUGCUGACCUGACAAUUUUUGUUUGGGAGUGACCACCAACAGAAUCUUGCAUGAAAAAAGGAUUUUGGACAUCCUGGAAUAGUCCAAAGGCACACACCAUCCGAGUCAUAUGAGAUUAUGACUCCAGGCUUGUGAGUGGAAUAUCUACUGCAUACAUAUUUUAUUGAAUUUUUACUACUAUAUUGCACUAUGGUCUAUAUUUUAUUUUACAGAAUAUCUGUUAUACUACUAUUUUAAGAAGCUCCACCCGAUUUAUGUAUGUAUAUUACCACCAUACGAGUUGAGGAUACCCAGAAGGCACUGCUUCCCUGUACCUUUUCCUGACCUAUAUCUAGUUACUUCCAGGUAGAAGAGACUCUGGUUUGGGAAGUAACAGCUGCCAUACCCGGAUCUAACAAGCGCUAGGAACCUCACCAUUGCACGUAUUCUCUUCUAUAUAUGUUUUACUUGCUUAACCAGAACCUUCAAUGGUUUUUCCCCCAAAACAACUUAAUUUCAAUAAAGCUGUGUUAAUGGCACAAUCUUACCUUAAGGUGUUAAAUGGUUUAUCACAUAAGAAGUCUCUUCUCUCAACUGUUCCAUGCUUUUCUCAGCCACCAUAAUACAUACUGUACACCCCAAGGGCUGCCAGUAAUUUGUUAAGAGCGUCAGCUGAUGCAGUGAGCCGUCACCGGUGCCCAUUGUUUGUCAAUUAAAUCCUUUACUGCUUAGCAUGGUGGCCGAGUAGUAGAAAGCACCUUAAAAGAACACUCUAGGGUCAGGAAUACAAACAUGUAUUCCUGACCCUUUAGUGUUAAAAACACAAUCUAGCCCCUAUAAAUCUAGCAAAAUCUUACUUUUAUUGCAGUCUGCUGCUGCUGGCUCUGCCCCUGAUCUGCCUGCUGGGUUGACAUAAUUUGAAGUGUUGAUCUGAGCCAAUCACAAUGCUUUCCGAUAAGACAGCGUUGGAUUGGCUGAGCCAGUCAAGGAGGCAGAUCAGGGGCAGAGCCAGCACAAGCCAAGCACAGCCCUGGCCAAUCAGCAUCUCCUCAUAGAAAUGAAUUGAAUCAAUGCAUCUCUAUGAGGAAAGUUAAGUGUCUUCAUGCAGAGCGUGGAGAUACUGAAUGGCAGUGCCACUGCCCCAGGAGGCACCUCUAGCAGCCAUCUGAUGAGUGGAGGUAUCCCUAGGCUGUAAUGUAAACACUGCAUUUUCUCUGAAAAGACCGUAUUUACUCAAAAAGCCUGAAGGGAAUGGUUUGAACAAAUACAAUAAGCUGUAGUUGUUCUGGUGACUAUAGUGUCCCGUUAAGUUUAAAACUGCUUGAUAGUUUAAUACCUUCAAGUAAAACUUUACCUGGGAACUCCAGCCCUCAAAACAACUUAAUUGAGGUAAAGUUUUUUUCAAGAUCAAAAAUGCCCUUAAUGCACAAUCUCCACAGUCCCUGAUGCCAUCUCUUUCCACUUAUUAUUUCCAUGGUGGUUCUGUACAUUUCAAUCAAUACACUCUCAUGUAUCCAGCCAUUUUAUUAAAUAACCCAGUGCUUCUAGCAAUUUCAUUAUGGUCCUCAUUUCUGCAGGCAUGCUAUUCCCCACACAAUGCUCAGAGUACUUUACACCCCCAUGACUACAUGCAUCUCAUUCCAAACAUCCAUGAUUCCACAACUGGAUUUCUCACUAUAUGGUCUCGUACCAACACAGUCUCAUAGUUCUAGCCCCAUUGUUGCCUGUUGCCAUGGUUCAGUGUAGACAUACCAGCUGUUGCAUUUAUGGUUACAAACACUUCUAUGAUAUUUCUAACUCCUAUUUCCAGAUCUCCCGUUUGUUGGAGUUUCAAAGUCCUAAUCCUUUCUAACCCGUUAUUCCAACUACUCAUGAAUCUAUGUUGUCUGUGUCCUGUAAUACCUUCUGUCAUUUCAGAUACUUCACAGAAAGAGGAGAUGCUGUUGCCAAAGCCUCUAAAGAAACACACGUGGUAAAAAUAUUUAAUUCUUAGAAAUUACGUAGUUUGUUUUAAGGCGAGAAAAACAAUUAUUCUCUUUUUGUUUCUCUUUUCACAAUAAUUUCUAAUAUCACUGGCUUCUCAUGCCUGUGUUUUGUUCUAUCCUUAUUGCUCCUAAUUCUCAUUCUUCCUUGUUAUCACAAUUCUUGCUGUCUUAUGAUGCACGUUUAACAUUUACGCUGUCUCCGACACUCACAGAUGGAUUAUAGAGCUCUGGUACAUGAAAAAGACGAGGCUGCAUUUGUAGAUCUGAGGCUAUCCCUUCUUGAAGUGAGAAAUUAUUAUGUAAGUGCCACAGGGGUGUCAUCGAUGUAAUAUCCCUGCUGGUUUCCAUGGUGGUUACCCUCUUCUAAUACACCAUGUUGCACACAAAAAAAACCUUUGAUAAACCUACUCAGUAUCUUUUCUAUGGAAGUAAAUGGGUGCUGAUUUUGCUCUGUAGGCCUUCUGGGCUUUGUAUUGUAAACUGCAAGGAUCAUUAAUGAAAAUACUUAAAUUGUCUUUCAGGUUGAAAUCUUUGACAUUAUUCUCAAAAACUUUGAGAAAAUUACAAACCCAAAAGGAGAGGAGAAAAGUCCAAUGUACUGAUAAACCAUCUGCAUGCCCAAAUUUCUCUGUAUUGAACCUCCUAGAGAACUGUGACAUUGAACCACUGCUUUCUCAUAUGACUGCACUAAUAAAAUGAAUGAAUAAAUGCAAAGGAUUAAUAAAUCACUUUUCAUUGUUAUACAUUUGA